CUCUCUCUGGCUAAAACCAUCCCCGCCGUAGCCAUGGCGGUUCUCCGAUACGCCGUCUUCUCAUCUCCUUCCCCUUUGCUUCCGUCGUACUCCACCGGAAGGAGAGUUUUUUUAAAAGUUACACGGUGUUCCUCGGUUUCGGUUCCGUUCUCGUCGAAGUCAUCAAGAAGGAAAAAUUACCUCCGACCCAAAAUUCUCAGAACCCUAAAUCCGAAGACUCAAGAAACCGUCGUAACCGGAAUCAAAACGCUGGAAAAUGCUCCUCCGAGCGACGUGGUGUCUAACGAGAGUGGUGAUGUAGAGGAGGAGGAGCUUCAGGUCUUAAGUAGCUCUGUUGUGACAAACGAGGUGAAUGGUGAAUUGAGUAAGCUCUCUCCGAACUUAGUAGCCAAGUAUGGAUGGUGGUUGAUCGGAAUUUUCGCAUUUCAAACUGUUUGUGCUGUUUUGUUUCUGGGAGACUCAACAAAAUCCGAUAAGACGCCGGAAACUUCAAGUGGUAGUGGUGGUGGUCAAAACGGGGAAAGAGAGAGCAGUGUGGUUUUGCUAGAGGAUCUUGAGAUGAAUGUGAAGAUUGCAGAGAUCAGAAUGAUGGCACGUGAAGCACGCAAAAGUGAGGGUAAGCAAGAAGAGGAUAAUGAAACUGGGGUUGACAUUGAGAAAGAGAUAGGAGCAAGAUUGUCUAACAUGGAGAAACGGUUGAAUUCUCAGAGAAAAGGUUUAGCGGGAUUGCGUGUAGAACCGUUGGAUGAAUCUGGAAAUGAUGAUUUGAAGGAUGAGAAAAGUUUGAUGUUUGAGAAGAAGUAUAAGUUUAAGGCUGAGAAGCCACCAACGGAUAAUGUGAAAGGAUUUGGUGGAAGUAAGGGAAACAAUGAGCUAAUGUCUGAGACUGAGAAGGCAGGGCAAAAUGGGAGAGUUCGUGAACCACUAGACGGUGAGAAGAAUCUUGAAGAUCAACAAAAAAAGGCCGGAGAUUCAGAUUCCAAGAUGGUUUCUGGUGCUGCUCAGGAAUCUGAGCAAAGACGACCAUCAAAGGAAACUAAGAAGUCUAAGAAAUCUGGAAACCGAGUGGGCGGAACACCUAAUAUGGAAGCGGGUUCUGGAUUUGGUAGCACUUCGUUGUCAGGGAAACAUGGAGACGUCAGGAAAGGAAAAGCGCUGAGAAGAGCAAGGGAGGAGAAACAAUCUGAGAAAGAUAAUAAUAUGUGGUGGCUGAAGCUUCCCUAUGUGCUGAGAAUUCUCAUGCGGAGUAAAAUAGAUCAAGACAUAUCCGAGGGAUAUUUUACCUUGAGGACCGAAUCUAUGGAACAAAAUGAGGGUCAGGUUUCACACAUGAUUGCAUUUGAAGAUCAAAGUGAUGCUAGAAAAUUCUCUUAUCUGCUUGAAUCAGUAUUUGAAGACUUAGAUGAGUUCAUUGCCGAUAUAGCUCCUGUAUCAACCAAGGGUCUUUAUGACGAAGUGAGUUCUGGUGGCAAGAAUGUGAUAGUUGUGAAGAAGAGGCAGCUUACAUUGUAUGCUGGACAACCAUUCGAAGAUGUUGAAAGAGCUUUGAGAACUCUGAUUCAAGAACAAAGAUGAAAAAACAACAACAUUACUUAGGAGUGGAAAAACUAGAGAUCCCAGAGAUGAUUGAUGUGGACGACAAAGUCAGUAAGAACAAUGGAGCCAAACCAACAAUUUUUUUUGAGCUUAAUGAGCCAAUGAGCCUUAUUAUGGUAAUAACAUUGGAUUGAGAGCCUCUGGUGUAUUAUAUGGCAAUAACAUUGGAAUUGAGAGGACAAAUCCAAUAGGGGUAGGAGAAAUAGAAAGAUCGUUAUAUCAUGUAAAAACGUAUUUUUACAUGCAUCAGAGAGAACAACAACAUUUAUUGA